GCAGCACCUCCCUGAGUUAUUUAAGCACCACACCCAUCCCAAGCCACAAAGACUGGACUAUUCUACACCACUACAGCUCAGCUCGCUUCAGCACACUCAGGACAGUCAACAUGGCGCUGGUAUCUGAGUUUCUGGGACAACUGUCUCUUAAUGUGGGGUCCUGUGAGCCCAAAUACCCAACUGUCGUUCCUGCCCCUGACUUCGAUCCAGACAAAGAUGCAGCCAGAAUAGAGACGGCUAUCAAGACGAAGGGAGUGGAUGAAGCGACCAUCAUCAAUGUUCUGACCAAGAGGACCUACAGCCAGAGGAGAGAGAUCGCGUUCGCUUAUGAGAGGAGAGCCAAAAAGGAUCUGAUGACAGCCCUGAAGGGGGCUCUGUCUGGGUCUCUGGAGACUGUGAUCUUAGGUCUGAUGAAGAGUACAGCUCAGUAUGAUGCCUCCGAGAUCAAAGGAUCCAUGAAGGGUCUAGGAACGGACGAGGAGGUGCUGAUAGAGAUUGUCUGUUCUCGCAGCUCCUCAGAACUGGCUGAGAUUAAGACGGUCUACAAGGAACUGUUCAAGAAGGAUCUGGAGAAGGACGUGGCUGGAGACACCUCAGGAGACUUCGCCAAACUGCUGCUGGCCCUGGUCCAGGCCAAGAGGGCAGAACCCUCCAGUGUGGUGGACUAUGAGAAGAUAGAUGAAGAUGCCAGAGCCCUGUAUGACGCUGGAGUGAAGAGGAAAGGAACGGAUGUGGCCACCUGGAUCUCCAUCAUGUCAGAGAGGAGUGUUCCCCACCUGCAGAAAGUGUUUGACAGGUAUAAAAGCUACAGUCCAUACGACAUGCAGGAGAGCAUCAGGAAGGAGGUGAAGGGAGACCUGGAGAAGUCCUUCCUCACACUCGUUGAGUGUUUUGAGAACAAGCCGCUGUACUUUGCCAACAGACUCGCAGAGGCCAUGAAGGGUAAAAGUGCGAAGGAGAAGGUGGUGACGAGGAUCAUGGUGUCUCGCUGUGAAGUCGACCUCAUGAAGAUCAGAACAGAGUUCAAGAGUCAGACCGGCAAGUCUCUGUCCCAGACCAUCUCUGAGCACACUAAGGGGGAUUACCAGAAGGCCAUGCUAGCUCUGUGUGGAGGAGAUGACUAAACAUCAUCUGGACAUCAUUAACCUACAAGCCUUCGGUGUACUGGUCAUUAUGUCCGCUGCUGGGAAGGUUGAUUACUAGACUACAACCCCCACUGGACUACAACUCCCUACAUCACCUCACCUACGUUAGAGGUUGACUAAUACUAUUGGACAUUAUAUCAUAUGGAUAUUCAUAGCUUCAAAGAGAUGGCAUCAUUCUACUGAAGUCUUUCGUUAGAUGAAUAUGGUGAACCCACUGCUUACAUGUAACAAACUUAGUCAACUGGUAAUAAAGUUACUUUGCUAAAGUGUU